AGUUGUAGUUUCUACCGGGCCCUGGCGGCGAGCCGCUGCCUCCCUCGCGGACGGGGCCGGCCAGCUGAAGCCGCCAUGCAGCUGCUGCUGGGGCUGCUCUGGCUCUUGGUGCCGGGCUCGGCCGCGCUGGAGCCCAUCAGCCUGAGCAUCGCCAUCGGGGCGGCCUCGGUGCUCACCGGCUACCUCUCCUACCCCAGCUUCUACUGCGGCUUCGUGGAGUGCUGCCCCGGGGAGGCGGACCGGCCCAAUACCACCGCGCUGAAGGAGGAUCUGGAUAAUAAACUCUUUGGACAGCACCUUGCCAAAGACGUGAUCCUGAAAGCAGUGACUGGAUUCAGAAACAACCCAAAUCCCAAAAAGCCACUCGCUCUCUCCCUACACGGCUGGGGAGGCACGGGUAAAAACUUUGUCAGCCAAUUCAUCGCAAAGAGCAUUCACAAAGCAGGACAGAAAAGCAAAUUUGUUCAUCUCUUUAUAGCCACACUACACUUCCCACAUGAUCAUCAGAUUACACUGUAUAAGGAUCAAUUGCAAACGUGGAUUCGGGGUAAUGUGAGCGCCUGUGCCAGGUCCGUGUUCAUAUUUGAUGAAAUGGAUAAAUUGCACCCUGGCCUCAUUGAUGCCAUCAAGCCAUUCUUAGACUAUUAUGAGCAGAUUGAUGGGGUGUCCUACCGGAGAGCCAUCUUUAUCUUUCUCAGUAAUGCAGGUGCGGAUUUAAUUAAUAAAGUGGCUCUGGACUUCUGGAGGAGUGGAAAAGACAGGAAGCAGAUUCAGCUGAAAGACCUGGAGCCUGUGUUAUCUGUAGCAGUCUUCAAUAAUAAGAAUAGUGGCUUGUGGCACAGCAGCCUGAUCGAUAGAAACCUCAUUGAUUACUUUGUCCCCUUCCUGCCCCUGGAGUACAAGCAUCUUAAGAUGUGCAUCAGGGCAGAAAUCGAGUCCGGUGGCAAGAAAAUCAACGAGGCGAUCGUUGACGAGGUGGCCAAGGAGAUGACAUUCUUCCCAAAAGAUGAGAAAAUCUACUCUGUUAAAGGCUGCAAGCUCGUGCUGCAGAAGCUGUUGUUUUAUUGGGAGAGGUUAUGAGCAAUAUGGAACUGAGGUGGAACAAGGAACUCUAUGCCCUUUCCUCGCUGAAGCACUUUUAAUGGCAUUUUGAAGUCUGUCUCUUUGCACUUUUAAUAUUUUGGGACGUGUGGCAGGGAUCCUAGGAAUGACUGAUUUCUUUUAUUUUUUUUAAACCCCAGUGCUCUUCCUUAAACGGGCAGUACCCAAGUGUUGCCUUUUUAAUCCAGGAUAGACUCUAGAAGUGUUUGAGCAUAGCAUUCAUCACUGGAUCCAGCCUUUACUGCAUUGUAUUUUAACAGCUGAGAUUGUUAAAAAUUCCAUCCUCUCCCUCCAACCCUCUCUACUAGACAACUGGAGUAAAAUGAAGGAAUCCUUCCGUUUGGCCACAGUCCCUUCCUAGCAUAUGGAAGGUCCAGUCCUAUUCCCAUUGAAAUCAAUGGGAGCUUUGGCCUUGACUUCAGCUGGCGCGUCCAGGGUCCAUGAUAACGGCAGCAGGGUUGAGGCCUUGAUACUUUGCUAGUUCAAAUGCCGCUGUGCUGGAAGGACUCCUUGUGCUCUGGAAAGGGUUGGUAGUAGUGUGCUCAGGUCAAUUCUCCAGGGAUGGAAAGGCAGGACCUUGGUUCGUUUCUGACUCUAAGCUGCCUCCAUGCCUCCUGCUCUAGUGAUGUGGAACGUUAAGGUGAACUCAAAGAAAUCUUGGGUUGGGGAGAAAUUAGUUGCUUCCCUCCACAGUCUCUAUCCAAAAGACUCUCUCUUCUUUCCCCUCCUCAUACGAAAUUUGAAUCAAAGGGAGUCCAAGUGACUGUGGGCUUGGCUGCCAAUGGGUAUUUCUGUCCCUUUCAGUGGGGGGGAACCGUUCACCAGGGGUUUGACUGCUACAGCACCGCAGGCAAGUGUCUGGGGAAACAUUCAUGAGGGUUUGACUGUUACAACUUGUCAGGUCAGUAUCUGUGCACAAGGGUGGGCAUGAGAUCCACAAGGUGUUACAUUCCCUCCGAGGCACAGCCACGUAAUCCAGCAACAUCCCCCUUCCCAUCCCCAGACACACCCCUUGCUUGAAUGUUACCUGGUAGUAGAAAUGAUUUUGAAUAGUCUAUUUUUGAUACUAUUUUAUACUAGAUUGUUGAAGUGGAAGUACAAAAUCUUUUCCUAUAGAACCAGGAAGGGAAAGGGGUGGAUGGGAAAUAUGGUCAAAGAACAACCUCCCCCUAUCCUAGCCUUAUUUUUAAUAGUUUUUAGCAACGUUGUAAAAUUAAUGAGAACCUGCAGCUGGCACGGUCAGUGUGAAACAUCUUGUUCCCAGCAGCAAGGUGAAAUGGGAACCUGCAGGGUUAGGAAGCUGGGAGAGGAUCAACCUUCGCCCAUCUAGUAAGGGUGGAAUUUUCAUAUCGCAGCUUACUCACCAAAGACUCAACUUUCUAACUCUCCCGCCCUCCUACUCUUCCCCAGCUGUGAGAUGGAAGUGCCUUUACAUAAAUGGAGGAUAAGAAAGCUUAACUUACACAUUAAGUGAACUACAUAGUAUGUGCAGCAUGAUACCAGUGCAGCUAAGACUCCUGGGAGGAAGUUGAUUAUUUUAUUAUGUAGUUGCUGAAUUAACUCCUCAUAUAUUGACACUUGUUUUAAGAUGGUGUGCAAAACUGCUUUAUAUUAAUGUCUCAAAUCAAGCCUGGUUUUGUUCAAACUACCAGCAAGAAAGCUUUAAAUGUUCACAUUAACCUCUGAAAUUGGAGUCAGUUACACUUUUUUAUAACCCUGCAUGUGGCUUUGUCAUAACUGUGACAAACUGUUUACUCUGAUGCAAUCACUUGAAGUUAACACUAGCUCUUAACCUUGGGACAUUGGACUGUUGCUUUGAUGUGUGAUGUUUUACCUUGAUUGGUAACUCUUCCUCAAAAAGAUUCUAAACACUGCAUCCCUAAAUGUCUGGUAGCUCUCCCAGCUCUGAUGUUCUGAAUGUAAAGUACUCCUGCGGUUUUUAAAACUCUAAGUGUCAUAGCUGCAAUAAAUGUCUUUUAUCCUU